GUACUCGGCACGUCCUCUCUUCCGUUGUUCCUUUUGCCCAACAUACUUUGGAAUAUAAAUCACACAUACACGGGCUAAGCUGAAGAAGUUAUAUAGUUGUCCAAAAAAUAAUCAAUGGCGAUCUCACUGAUCACCUCCCUGCUCUUCUCCCUACCCCAACAAUGGCAGCCCGUCGUCCUCACAGGGCUCCUUCCUGUCAUCGUUUCCCUCGUGCUGCUGGCGAGGAAAGGGCGCCUCAAGAUGCCACCGGGCCCGGAGCAGGUUCCCCUCCUGGGAAACCUGCACCAGCUAGCUGGCCCGCAGCCGCACCGGGCCCUGCGGGACCUGGCCCGGGUCCACGGCCCGGUGAUGCGGCUGCGGCUCGGGAAGGCGUCGGCCGUGGUGUUGACUUCGGCGGAGGCGGCGUGGGAGGCGCUCAGGGGCCACGACCUCGACUGCUGCACGCGGCCCGUGUCCGCGGGGACGAGGCGGGUGACGUACGGCAUGAAGAACGUGGCCUUCGCGCCCUACGGCGCGUACUGGCGCGAGGUGCGCAAGCUUCUCAUGGUCGAGCUGCUCAGCGCGCGCCGCGUUAAGGCUGCAUGGUACGCACGUCAUGAGCAGGUGGAGAAACUCUUAAGCACUCUACGCCGCGCGGAGGGAAAGCCGGUGGCGUUGGACGAGCACAUCCUGAGCCUCUCCGACGGGAUCAUCGGCACGGUGGCGUUCGGCAACAUCUACGGCAGCGACAAGUUCUCCCAGAACAAGAACUUCCAGCACGCGCUCGACGACGUCAUGGAGAUGCUCUCCGGCGAAGGGUCCUCCGCCGAGGACCUCCAGCUCCCCGCCGCCGUCGGCCGCCUCGUCGACCGCCUCACCGGCUUCGCCGCCCGCCGCGAGCGGAUCUUCCGGCAGCUCGACUCCUUCUUCGAGAUGGUGAUCGAGCAGCACCUGGACCCUAACCGCGCGCCGCCGGAGAACGGCGGCGACCUCGUCGACGUCCUCAUCGGCCACUGGAAGAAGAACGAGCCUCGUGGCACAUUCAGCUUCACCAAGGACAACGUCAAGGCCAUAAUCUUUUCGACUUUCGUUGCUGGUAUUGACACGAACGCAGCGACGAUAUUGUGGGCAAUGUCGGAGCUGGCCCGGAAGCCGCGGGUGCUGAAGAAGGUGCAGGCGGAGAUCAGGGCUGCGGUGGGUGUAAACGGGAGGGUGCAACCUGAUGACAUUACGAAGCUCAGCUACCUUAGGAAGGUCGUGAAGGAGACCCUGCGGCUGCACCCGCCUACCCCGCUGCUACUACCAAGAGAGACCAUGCGGCACAUCCAGAUCAGCGGGUACGAUGUGCCGGCCAAGACGCGGAUCUACGUCAAUGCAUGGGCGAUCGGUAGAGAUCCGGCGAGCUGGCCCGAUGAGCCGGAGGAGUUCAACCCCGAGAGGUUCGAGGCAAACGAGAUAGACUUCAAGGGGGAACAUCCUGAGCUGAUGCCAUUUGGCACUGGGCGGCGGAUAUGCCCAGGCAUGGCCAUGGCCAUGGCCAAUGUUGAAUUUACGCUCGCCAAUCUGCUCUUCGCCUUCCAGUGGUCACUCCCGGAGGGGACGACGCCGGACAAUGUGUGCCUGGAGGAAGAAGGGAGGCUUGUCUGUCACCGCAAGACACCUCUCGUGCUUGUGCCCACCGUAUACCGUCACGGCCUUGAAUAGAAAUCGAGCGAUCAAUUUUGCAAUUAUCUACAGAUCCUAUAAAAACAAGUUAUCUACGGAUCUUACAAUGGUUGGUGUCAGCACACUGAAAGAAAAAAAAAAGAGUCGUGUGCAUCCGCGAUGGACCAACCAAAAUUUGGAGAUUAAUUUAAACUACAUAGAAAAUGUAAUAAUUUGGAUUGAUAUAUUGUGUGUGUAAAAACAUAUGAAUUAUAGUGUGUAACAUACCACGAAAUAUACCUUGCAAAUUUGUGAAUCAAAUGUUUCUAUCAAUAAAGCAAAAUCCCCCCCUA